ACCACAGAUCGCCGUCCCUGUCAAUUGUCUUUGGCCAGUCGAGCAGUUGGUUGACAAACUGAAGCUUAGUUUUAAAUCAGUUGGCGUAACGCUUCAAUGGGAUUUGCAUAAGUCGCACAGGCCAGAGGCAUAUUCUAAAUGCUGAACAAAACUAAAAAGAACAAAACGUGCAACAACAAAAAAAUAAUCAUAAUAAAUCUGUAAACUUUGAACCGUAUUUGCAUCGAUAUCAUCGCAUUUACCGCUCUGUCAGCGACAAUGAGCUGCAUUCCCCCUAAAUUCUUCAAGCAUCUUUCUGCAGCGGAACGUGAAAAGUUUUUUGAUACCUUUGAUGUCGUUUUCUGCGAUUGCGACGGCGUUGUCUGGUACACUUUGCGAGACUUCAUUCCCGGUUCAGCACAGGCGAUUGCGGAGCUUCAACGUCGUGGCAAGCAGCUGACCUUUGUGACCAACAAUAGCAUCAGCUCCGUGGAGCAGCAUCUGCAAAAAUUUAAUAGCCAGCCAGAGCUCAAGAUUGAAAAGCAACAAAUUGUUCAUCCGGCGCAGACCAUUUGUGAUCAUCUCAAGUCCAUUGGCUUUGAGGGUCUCAUCUAUUGCCUGGCCCCGAAUCCUUUUAAGCAGCUACUACGCGAUGCAGGAUUCCGUUUGUGCCAGGAGCACGAGGGCUCCAUUAUCGAAAGCAUUGCGGAUCUGCGUGAGGUCAUCUUUGGAGGGGACACUGUGCAGGCCGUCAUCAUCGAUGUGGACUUUAAUCUGACUGCCACCAAACUAAUGAGAGCUCACGUCCAGCUGCAGAAUCCCGAGUGUUUGUUUCUUGCAGGAGCUGCCGAUGCAAUGAUACCCUUUGGAGAUGGCAACAUUAUUGGCCCUGGCGCCUUUAUUGAUGUCGUUACUCAGGCCAGUGGGCGUCAACCCACGGUGCUGGGCAAACCGGGUGAUGCACUGCGUCAGAUUUUGCGGGAACGCCAUUCCGAUUGCCCAGCUAACCGGGUGCUCUUCGUGGGCGACAGCCUGGCCAGCGACAUUGGCUUUGCACGUGCUAGUGGCUAUCAGACCCUCUUGGUCUUAAGCGGCGGCAGCAGCGCAGCAGAUGUGGCCAAUCUACCGCCUGACCACGCCCACUUGCCCGACUAUGUAUGCGAUUGUCUGGGAGAUUUGUGUAACAAGUCGUAAUGAAAGAGAUUGACAUUGUUUAAUGAUAAGCUUUUAAGCAUUUUAAAUGGUUCCAAAUGUUUUUAGUUUUUUUUUUCUUGCUAAAUAUUUUACGCUAAUUAUAUACAUCUGUAAAAAGCUACCAUAUUUAGCCUACCAUUCCACCAUAUAAUAAUGACAAUUUUCUUUUCUAAAUUCUUGAAUUUCUAUACAUAAAUAUAUACAUUUAAUACCAUUUUAUUUAUCAGUUCAGCACGCUUAUUACCACUUGUCUUAGACAAAGGUCAAACGAGUUUGUAGAUAAGAUUAAAAAAGAGCAUAAGCAAUCGCAGAAAUCAAAUGUACUACGUACUAAGUAAGAUCGAGAAUCGGUUUAUGUAAGUAGUUUAAGUUUUAUUUAUGUAUUUAAAAACAGCACAAAUAAAUAGACGGUUACAUAAA